UCAUGGUGAUUAUUACUGUUUCCUAUUUAUUUCUUAUUUUUUUUCCUCAAUAUUAUUAUUUAUUAUUUUUCUGUGUAUAUAAUUAUUAUUAUUAUUAUUGAGGUAAUAAUCACUCUAUUGAUUAGUGUUGAUCAUGGCGAUUAUUACUGUUUCCUAUUUAUUUCUAAUUUUUCCUCACUAUUUUUCCUGGGUAUUUUAUUAUUAUUAUUUUGCAUGAUUUCCAGAUCUAUUUGUGUGUAGUCCAGAGUCCAAAGGCCCUGUUUGGGGGCGAUGCUAAUCCCUCUUCCUUCCCUCCCUUGGUGUUGGCUUCACCUUUGAGCCGGCCUGUCUUAUCAAUGGGCUUAUUUCCCUCCAUUGAGGCCCUGUUGUCAUCAGCUCAUCCUGCUUUGGCUGUCUUGUUGUUGUUGUUGUUGUUGUUGUUGUUGUUGUUGUUGUUUACCAUCAAGACAGCUUUGCUCACAGGAUGAGAUAUGAUAGAUAUUCAUCUUGGUAUACACCUUGAGUUGUCAUCAUUGUGAAAGGAAGGCUUAUUUUUAGUCAUUUUACCUAUUAUUAUUUGACAUAAGUGAUAUAAAUCAUGCCAGCCACAUGACUGUCUACAGACAACGCCGACUCUUUGGCUUAGAAAUGGAGAUGAGCACCAACCCCCAGAGUCGGAUACGACUGGACAGGCGAAACCUUUACCUUUACUAAUAUAAAAAUAUAAUCGAAUAUGUCAAAGAAUAAUAGGUAACAUUAUUUUCCUGGUGGCGCCGUCCCUUUAAGUGUCUCUGUCUGCCCCAUAGAGCCAAAGGAACUCUCUGAACUUCUCUGGCUAGGAAUUGGAUGGUCAAAGGGUCACUGGGUUUGGGGUCAGAGGGGUCGGCAGUGACCCCCUUGACCAACCCCUCAAAGAGAAAUGGCGGGUUCAUUGAGGAGAAUGAGACUAAAAUUAGACCGUUUUGGCACGGUCCUCCAUGGGGCUCCCCUCCGCACCAAUGGCAGAAGGAGGCGCCGGCCCUUUAAAUCCGGGUCAGCCUUAUUUAUAAAAGCCUGGCUUCCCUUCCUCUCCCUUUGCACUCUGCAGAACCCUCCCUUCCUUCCCAAGACUGAAUGACGUCAUGUGCCGGCCUCUUCCUCCUCCUCCAUCGGGGACCUGGCUGUCCUUGCAGUGCCUGCGGGGCCCCCCGUGGCCCCUGGCCCUCCUCAUCCUCUCCAGGGUGUGGCUGUACCGCUCUCUGCCGACGCGGCUGGUGUCUCGGGCGUGGGGGCGGCUGAGCCGCGUGGAGCUGCCGGUCUGGCUGCGGGGCCCCGUCCUGGGCCUCUACGCCUGGGCCUUCGGGGUGGACCUGCGCGAGGCCGCCGAGGAGGACCUGCGACACUACGCCUCCCUCAGCCACUUCUUCGCUCGCCGGCUCAAGCCCCACGCGCGGCCCCUCCACGCCGCACACCCCGCCUCCGCCUCCGCCUCCGCCUCCCCCCUGGUCAGCCCCUCGGACGGCCGGAUCCUGAGCUUCGGGCGGGUGCGGAACUGCGAGGUGGAGCAGGUCAAGGGCGUCACCUACUCCCUGGAGGACUUCCUGGGGCCCCUCCCCCACACACACCUCCCCCCCCGGGCACCCCCGCCCCACCACCACACACCCUCCGGCCCCGCCUCCUCCUCCUGCUCCUCCUCCUCCUCCUCUGGCCCCGCCCCCUCGGCCUCGGACUCCGCCUCCUUCCAGCAGCGCCUGGUCUCCGGGGAGGGCCGCGACCUCUUCCACUGCGUCAUCUACUUGGCCCCCGGGGACUACCACGGAUUCCACUCCCCCACGGAUUGGCGGGUGGCCCUCCGGCGCCAUUUCCCAGGCUCGCUGAUGUCGGUGAGCCCGGGGGUGGUGCGCUGGGUGCGCUCCCUCUUCUGCCACAACGAGCGGGUGCUGCUCUGCGGCUGCUGGGAGCACGGCUUCUUCUCGCUCACCGCCGUCGGCGCACAGAACGUGGGCUCCAUUCGCAUCUACUUUGACCAGGAGCUGCAGACGAACCGGCCCGGGGACCGCGCGGGCUCCUUCCGGGACGUGUGCUUUGGGUCGGAGGGGGGGGAGGUCCCCGGGGGCGUGGGGCGGGGGCCGGGGGGCGUGGCCCUGCGGCGGGGGGAGCCCCUGGGGGAGUUCAACCUGGGCUCCACCAUCGUGCUCCUCUUCGAGGCCCCCGCCCACUUCGCCUUCCGCCUCCGCCCCGGGCAGAAGAUCCGCUUCGGGGAGGCCCUCGGGGACGCCCCCCUCCCCAAAUGAGCCCACCAGGCAGCGGCCAUCUUGCCCUGGCCACCCACCCACGGGACUGCUGCUGCCACCGCCACCGCCACCCGUUUUGGUUUGGGGAAAUACAGUGCACGGGGCGGCCAUGCUGUGGGGGGGAAAUGGAAGGAAGAACCGGCAGAAGAACAACAAAAGGACUGUAUUGUAUUGGGAAGAAAAUAUGCAACAACUGGGGGGGGGGGGUCCCUCCCUCCGUCCGUCCGUCCGUCCGGAGGGCUGUCUUUCUCAGCAGGAACUGAGCAGGGAAGCACAGUGGACUUCUUCAUUCCAAUGUCUCCUCUUUCUUUGUUUUGUGAUGAGAAGAAGAAGAAGAAGAAGAUGUUUUUCCUGAGCCUUAAAAUAUAUCUUUAUCUCUCUCUC